AUUUAAUCGUCAUGUGACAAUCUGAUGAUGUUUACAAACAGAGGGGUAAGGCCUGAAAUCACUAUAAUACACAAAACGACAACAAGAGCGACAAAUGGAUGAAGAUAAAGGCAAGAACAUGUAAACAGAAAGUGCAAUACAACAAUGGAUGAACGAAGGAGCUUGCUGCCUCAGCGAAGAAGCGAGAGCGAAUCUCGACCAGGAAAUGCUCGUAAAGUGAAAGUAGCCCAAGGUUCCAUUCUAUUAACUGUGGCCUUAGAGAGACUUGCCUUUUACAGUUUGACUGGAAAUCUUGUUUUAUUUUUGAACAGCGAUCCUUUCGGAUGGAGGUCUUACAAUGCCCUCUAUUGUACCUUUAUUUUCCUGGGAAUAUCAUACGUGCUAUCUUUUAUGGGAGGUAUCAUUGCAGAUACCUUGCUUGGGAAAUUCAAAACACUUCUGUUAGCUUUUGUGAUUUAUCUUGUUGGCUAUAUUUUUUUGCCUGUGGUUACAUUUGAAGAGAAGAAUGAACUUUUAAAUUCAACAGAGUUAGGUCUACCUAAUAUUUGUGGACGUGAUAAUGAUGAAAAAAAAGGUGAUAAGAUGAGCAUGAUCAGAGAUGCCAGCAGCAAACUAUCAUUGAUUGAAGAGAACUGUGCUGGUCUAAUUUUUGGAAUUUUAACCAUUAUUUCAGUUGGAUCAGGAAUUUUUCGAUCAGUAAUUGCACCAUUUGGGGCUGACCAAGUCAGAGGAGAAGGUCCACAAACAAGCUUGGCAUUUUUUAACUGGUAUUACUGGUCUAUAAAUCUAGGGACUCUUGUGGCUUUGUCAGGUGUCACCUAUGUUCAGCAGGAUAUCAGCUUCUUCCUUGGUUUCCUUUCCUCCAAUAUUUCUUUAGGUGUAUCUUGCCUCGUUUUCAUAGCAGGAUGUUGGUCUUAUGUGUAUCUUCCAAAGACAGGAAGUAUUUUGACAAACAUUUUCAAAAUUUUGUUUGAGUCAUGCCAAAGACGGACACUGCACAGACAGAGAGAGAACAAUGUUGAACACAUCAGUGCAGAUUCAUCGGACAUUCCGGAGUUGAAGUCCACAGAGCAUUCCCCAUCUUUCCUGGAUAAAGCCAAGUGCCGUUAUGGUGGAAGUUUUCAUGAAACAGCAGUGGAAGAUGUCAAACAACUUCUGAAGAUCCUCUGUGUGUUUUUGACGCUUUUGCCCUACUGGAUGGUGUAUUUUCAGAUGCAGACAACUUUUGAGCUCCAAGGUUUACAUAUGAAACUGGAUAUUUCAAAUGUUGAGAAAUAUAAAAUAUGCCAUGAUAUGAAUUCUUCAAGUUAUUCGCCUGAAUCAACCAAAAAAUCAACAUUAGUGGCAGCAUGGUUCUCGCUGUUUGACGUGGUUUUCUUAAUCAUUCUCCUGCCGCUGUUUGACAGAGUCAUCUACCCUUACCUAAAGAAGCGUGACAUGCAUGUUGGGAUAGUAUGCCGAAUCAGUGUGGGAAUGAUGUUUGCAACCAUUGCUGUCCUUGUUGCUGGCAUUGUGGAACUUUUUCGACUGAGAGCGGUCUGGAAAUUUCCAAAUGAGGAAUGCUGUAGUUAUACAAUCAAUCAAACCAUAGGUCACACAGUCUAUAGGGCGGCAGACAUGAGUGUUUUUUGGCAGAUCCCACAGUACGCUCUGAUUGGUAUCAGUGAAGUUUUUACUAGUGUGGCAGCUUUGGAAUUUGCCUACCAAAUGGCACCCAAGUCUAUGAAGGGGAUCAUCAUGGGAUUCUUCUAUCUUUUUACUGGGAUCGGGAGUCUGUUGGGAACUGGAACCAUGUUUGCCUUCAAAGAUACCUGGUUCUUUCAAGAAGACUUUGGCAAUAUCAACUGUCGUAUGGGCUGCAAUACUGGGACUUUUACCAAAGCCUGCCAUCUUGAUUAUUAUUUCUUUUUCUUAGCUGUCCUUGAGUUUACUGGAAUGUUUGUGUUUAUUAUCGUAGCCAAGAUACUGAAGCUUAGUCAGCAUCUGGUUCCGGUGACCAAAACUUCGACUCUUGAUAAUGUAACGGAAAAAUCUUUCACAAACGGAAGGAGAGGAAAUGUUAGCAGAUCUGCGAGUCGCAGAGUGAAUAGUGAAGACUGAUACUGAUUUUAAACGUAAAGUUCAUUAACCUAUGAUCAUUCUUAUAAGAAAAAAUUCCUGUGUGAUUAUAAUAUUUUAAAAAAAAUUUGAAUUAAAGUGCACACCAUUUCACAUAACUUGCAUGGCAAUGUGUUGGAAAUAUUUUGAGGAGUCAUUUACAGUUACUACAAUUCAAGAGUUAUUUCUUUUGGCAGAGAGUCAUUGUGCCUAAAAGAAUCCUCCAGUGGGUUUCGUUUUAGAGUUGACAAUAAAACUACUGCUGACUCUGGUCUGAUUGCGGCCCCUCAUCAUAAAUAGUCAAUGAGUUAGCAGUGGGUAAUUGAUUACUCUGUUGUCAAUUCACAGAAGAUAAAUCCUGCAUAGACAUUACAAAAAAAUAUAUUACAGAGACUUGUACAUGCAGUUAUUUGACUGUAUGCAGUGCAUUUAUUAUGUUCUUGUAGAGGUAUUUAGAAAUUGAAGACUAAUUGUGCUGACUACCAUCUGUGUACAAACCAAUCUGUUAAUUACUCUCUCAGUAUGAACUUAGGCUUGGUUUAGGCAAUUUUUUAUGUUCCGAAUAAUAAUGUAGAUGCUAUAUGGCAAUACGCAACUCAUUAAUUGUGCAUAAUUGUGGCUAUGAUAAAAAAAGGUCAUAUACCAUGCAUCAUAACCAUUGAGUGUUCAAUAGUUGUUGAAAUGAGUUGAUGUAUGUUAUGAAUAAUGACUUUUAUGUUAGUGUACAAAAUAUGUUUUAUUAUUAUAUAUAUUGAUAUUACAUAUACAUUUGCUUCAGUUAUUGGAUUUUUUUAUUUGAUAUUAUUAAGUUUAUCAGUUGAAAAGAAUGUGGAGAUAGAUAACAAAGGAAAGUAAGACAUUUCCUUCUUAAAAUAUUGUGCAACUAAAAUUGUUGACCUCAAUCGAUUAUGCUUCUUUAUGAUGAAUACUAGCAAUGCCAAAUCCAGCAUUUAUAAGUUAAAAAUUUAAAAAAUGGGUGCAUUUUGAUAUUGCGCUGAUUUUAAAUUUUUCCAGUUUUUGACUUUUAUGAAAAAUCUGUAAAUAUUUCCUUCUACUUGAUUUAUGUUAUUGUUGAUUACAUAUAUUAGGUUCUCUUUCAGUAGAAAAAGGAAGUAAAUGUAAUCAAAAUUGUGGAAAA